AGAAAUGAUGAUGAAGGAGUUACUCUAAAGCUUUCCUCAUCGAUCUCAUUCUCACUAUCGUUCAUCAUAAAGCAUCGCAAACACAUCUUGGCUCUUCUGGAUACUAUAAAGAUUUAAUAAGCAGGCGGCGAUAGCAGCGGAUCUCAGGUGAACAGGAAAUAACACGAACCCCCCUGGCCAUGGCCCGGCGUAUGUCGUCCGCUUUCACUUUUCUGUUUUGCUUCUCAUUAUCGCAUGUGUUUCAAACUAAGGCCAAUUCUCAACACAACGUGGCCCUCCACAGGCAAAAGAGAGAAUGGAUCGUCCCUCCCCAAAUCCUAGAAGAGAAUGUAGAUUACACCAAGAAAGAUUUUAUUGCAAAAAUUCGCUCAGAUAAGGAAGAAUAUCAAGGAAGGAAUGUGAGAUACUCGCUGAGGGGUAUCGGAGCAGACCGGGAGCCUUUCAACUUAUUUGUGGUGAAUCCUGAAACCGGAUAUGUGAGAAUAACAGGAAUCCUUGACAGAGAGCAUAUCGCCCAAUAUAAUCUGUCCGGUGUGGCUACUUUCACAGAUAACACGAUUGCAGAGAAUGACAUUGGACUGAGGAUAAAAGUGAAGGACCAGAAUGAUAAUUCUCCUGUGUUUGGCUCAAUGGAAUUUGGGUCUAUAGAUGAGCUCAGCGACGUAGGUACUUCAGUGAUGAAGAUUAAUUGCCAGGAUGCUGAUGAGCCUGGAAACCCAAACUCUCAAAUCAAGUAUGAGAUUAUUGGUCAGCAACCCGACGGGCCACAAAUGUUUACAAUUGGCAGUGAUGGGGUAGUUCGUGUUAGCAAUCCGAACCUGGAUAGAGAGACCAUUGAUCAGUAUGUGCUGUUGGUCAAGGCCUCUGACCUGAACGGAGCUCCAGGUGGCCGUUCAUCCACAGGAACAAUGACCAUCAAGAUCAGCGAUGUCAACGAUAAUGUGCCUGUUUUGGAGGGCCCGUCUGAAGGCAGCAUAGAGGAGAACACAUAUGGGGUGGAGGUGAUGAGAUUUAAAGCAAAAGACCUGGAUCUUGAGGGGACGGACAACUGGGUGGCAAUGUGCGACAUUGUAUCAGGCAAUGAGGCGGGAUACUUCAGCAUUAAAAUGGACCCAAAGACCAAUGAGGCCAUACUGAUGCUUGACAAGCCUGUUGAUUAUGAGGAUGUCAAAAACAUUAACCUUGGCAUCGGUGCAGCCAACAAGGCUGAAUUCCACCACUCUAUUACUGGUGUACAAAGUGGAUUGAAUGUAAACGUUGGGGGCGGAGGAGGCGGCGGAGGCGGCGGAGGCGGCGGAGGGGGCGGAGGAGGUGGAGGAGGCGGCGGAGGGGGCGGAGGUGGAGCCGGAGGAGGUGGAGCCGGUUCUGAAGGUGGCGCUACAUUUUUGUCGUCAUCUGGUACGAACUCUGGAGCAGGUGCUGUUUCAGUUGAUGGCGUUUCAUUUUUGUCGUCGUCUGGUACGAACUCUGCGUACAAUGUAAACAUAAAAGUGAAAAACCAACCAGAGGGACCCAAGUUCAUUCCCGGAACAAAGGCCAUUCCUAUCUCAGAGGAUGGCAGUGCAUUUGACAGGACUAAAAUCAUUGCAAGAUACCCUGCCACUGAUUCAGACACGGGAAAAGAAGCUACGAAUGUAAGGUAUGCUAAAGGAUAUGACCCAGAUAACUGGCUGACAAUCGAUGAGAAUACAGGUGCUAUUAGAAUGAAUAAGGCUCCUGAUCGGGAGUCCAAGCAUCUAGUUAAUGGAACUUAUCAUGCUUACAUUUACAGCAUUACUCAAGACAUGCCUUCUAAGACGGCAACAGGCACCAUUGCCAUCCAAGUCGAGGAUUUUAAUGAUCAUUGCCCCACUUUGACAAGCAAAGUCCAGACGAUUUGCACUGAAAAGCAAGCAGUCCUGGUUACUGCAGUGGACGAGGAUGCAGAACCCAAUGGAGCUCCUUUUACUUUCAAUGUCGUCCCAGAAACAUCUAAGGGAAAGUGGGUGGUUGAGCAUUUGAAUGACACCACUGCUAUCUUGAGGGCCCACGAGAAGCUGUGGCCAGGAGAGUAUGAGGUGACGGUGGAGGUCAAGGACCAGCAAGGACUCGGAUGUCCAGCACCAGAGAAGCUGAAGGUGGACGUGUGCACCUGUACAGAUCAGGGCACUUGUUCCAGAUCAGGCACCGGAGCAGCUAAGGGCUCCAGGUUAGGACCUGCUGGAAUCGGGUUGCUCUUUCUUGGUCUCCUCGCUUUGUUGCUAAUACCCCUCCUGCUGCUGCUCUGUCAGUGUGGAUCUGGUGUCAUUGCAGGACCGUUUGCAGAAAUGCCCUAUGACACUAAAGAGCAUCUCAUCUCUUACCAUACAGAGGGCCAGGGAGAGGACAGAGAUGUUCCUGUACUGAUUGACGAUGAGCGUGAUUUUGGCUACUCAAAAAAAAGCGUGGGUGGUGUAUAUGCCCCCCCUGGCAUGGGGGCGAGGACGGGGAUAGGGAUGGGAAUUGGUGGAAUGGGCGGGACGGGCGGAGGCUACAUGGAGUCAACUUCUACAAUAGGUGGGCGUGCUUACAAUGGACUGGAAAUGCACAGCAUUAACUCGAUAAAAAACAGUAGCGCCUGGGCGGGGAGAGAAAUGGCCGGAGAUUUCGAUGGGAUGGCUGCGCCUGAAAUGUUCUUAAAUGAGUACUAUUCACAGAAAAGCCGAGGGAUAGAUGAUGGAUUUGCUAAGAGCAACAUGAUGAUAUACCAGAAUGAAGGGAUGGGCUCACCUGCUGGCUCCGUAGGCUGCUGUAGUAUACUCGAGGAUGACAACGAUUUAGCGUUUCUCAAUGACCUCGGGCCAAAGUUUAACACUCUCGCUGAGAUAUGUGGAGGUAAAAAGUCCACAGUUGAGCACCAUGUACCUCUUCCUUCCCCUCCUAAACCGGUGGAACGCGAGAACAUUUCCAUCAACAGAGCUGUGUCUUCAUCAAACACAGUAAACGUGUCUUCCAACGCUGCCUCCACCACUCGUGUGGAGAACAUGCUAGUGGCGGAGAAUCGGCCUACUGUGAUCGCCAGCAUGCAGCCCGCUCCGACACUCCUUGUGCAACAGCAGCCCAUGUACUACAUGGUUGAGCCUCAGCCGAGCACCCUGCUGAUGACCGAAAGACCGGCUGUACAGAAUAUGUAUGUGCUGAACAGCGCCCCCAUGGGAGAAGAAGUGGUCUUCCAGGGCAGCAACGUAACGGCGGGUCACGGCGAGAGAAUGGUGUUCCUGGAGAGGGGCGGGUCUACCCAGGCUCUCAACACUGGGAUGAUACGUACAGGAACUCUGUCCGGAUCGCAGGUUCUGCUGGUGGACGGGGGUGCCCAGAGCGGUCACAUCCUUCAAGGGACCCUACCGAAGGGGGCUACGAGAUCUCAGAACGUGAUGAUUGUGGAAGGAGGACAAGGGGGCGUGGUUCAGGGGUCCUUCAAAACAGGCAUCUCCGCUCAGGGAGUAUCUCAAGGUGUAGUUUACGGAGGAUCGGGGGUCGUCCAGGGGUCCCAUCAAAAGGCGGCUUUUACUGCAGGGUCAAUUAAUGGCAACAUGGGAUUGAGCGGGUCGACUCUUCGAAAUCCAACAUCGCACAAGGUUGUAAUCCAAGAGAAUAAGGUUGUGACAUCAAAAACUAUCAAGUAACAACGCAACACUGACACGUAUACUAUUAUAGCAGUGUUCCAGAGUUUAGAUAUAAUUUGAAUGAAAAAGUUUGUCAGAAAAUGUUUUUAUGAGUAUUUGAGCUCAUGCCUGCCAUUCUUAACAUCAUCUUCUCAUCAAAACUUAAAUUGUUGAAAAUAUGCAAAUGAAUGCUUGUUUUUAAUGCCCUUAAGUUUUCCUUUCUGUUUGUGUAGUACAUACUAUACUAUACAUACAUCAACAUUGAAAUUUCUAUUUUUUGCAUAUAGAUGGGAUGUGAUUCCGUAUGUAUGUGUGUGUUUUCUCACUUCUGUGUGUUCUGUUAAGGUUAUUUGCAGAAAUAAUAUAUGAAUGCGACAGUUCCGGCAGUCCUGAGGCCAUUUGUGGGAAGUUUAUGCAAAUCAGCCUGAGCCCAAAGCUAUUUUAAUACCUUAUUAAGGACAUUAACAUAAGUAGAAAUCAGUAAAGCAGCACUGGAACAGCAGAUCAGUUGGUACUUAGUAUCCAGAAAAGUAAAGUUACUGUAAAUUAAGAUUUAUGAAUCACAUUUGCUAUCAAAUCAAGUACAAUAUGGUUCGGGAAUUUGCCAUAAGAUCAGUGUACUUCAUUGACUAGCACUGGUAACGUUUUUUAUGUGUUAUAUGAAUUUAUUAGUUUUCUUGGUCAACACUUGGUGCUGUUUUUAAACACAUGAUGUAGAAAGUAGGUGUAGAUGCUUGGGGUGUUCUUUUGCACUACGCUAGCCUUUAAUUCAAUACAGAGACCAAACAUCCAUUCCAAGCAAUAAUGCUAAUAUGUAUUAAAUGAGUGUUUUCUAAAAGAAUAAUAAUCUCGUUUUUAGUAAAUUAUUAUUUUUUUCAUACUGCUUGUAAUUAAUAGCACAAUAGCUGCAUUGCAUUCUGUUUCUUCUAGGAAGUAAAUGGCAAAAUAAUAGA